AUGUCAUCUGGCAACUUAGCAGUAGAUAUAUACAAGCCGUCAGCCCCAGCAGCAGAAACAAUAGAAGUAAAAGAUCGUCCCUCAAGACGCAGCGUAGUAGAUUCUAAGCGUACAACCCAAAAAGUAUAUCCCAGUUUAGAAAACGAACAGAAGAGUGAAACAGCAGAGGUUCGUAUUGUACCUUUUCAAAAAAGAACCAGAAGCGCAGAAAGUAGCCCGAGGGAAAGCGACGAGGAGAAACAAUUAACGAACUACCAUUCUACGGAGAAUCUACCUAGCAAAAAGAGAAAUAAGCUAGUAGAGGAAAGGGAUAUUCUCAAAACUGCAUUAAUAGGGAUUCAUCAAACAAUUAAUCAGUAUAAAUUAGAAUUAGAAGCAUCUAAAGAUAAAGCAACAACCAAGCAGUUAAAGACACGCCUGAAAGAUAAAGACUUAGAGUAUAAAUUGAUUUCGGAAAAACUAAUCGCAGCUGAAACAAAAAUACAAGAGCUUGAAAAUCAAGGGUUAGCUUUACUACAGACAGCUACAAUCCAGCAGCAGGCCAUCGAAUAUCGAGCAAACAGCUUAACCCAACAGUUAGAGCAAACGCACGGAGAAAAGACUAACCUAAUAUCCACUCUGGUAAAAAAGACCCAGGACGUUCAAAUCCUAGAAUCAACCAUAAAAAAAGUAGAAACUGAACACACAUCGGUUAAAACCAAAUUAAUUAAGGACAAGAAAAAACUUCAGCAGGAAUUAGAGAAAUUUAAAGAAAGUGAGAGCCAACUCCUUGGAGAAGGAACGACUUUAUUAAAUAAAUAUAGUAACAUCCAAAUAGAAUUCGAGAAAUUUCAACUAAGUUACAAAGCUCUUGAAACAAAAAGCAUAGAUCAGGAAAAGGAAAUUCACGCCCUACAAAUAGAACAUAAAAAACUAAUAGUAAAUAUAACGGAUAAAAAUCAGGAAAUUUUGCAUCUAACUGAUACUAUAAAAACUAAACAGGCAGAGUUGGAACUUCUAAGACAGGAACAAGUAGACCUGACAAGCAAAUUUGUUAGCCUACAAACAGAAAACAAUCAACUUAAGCACAAUUUGAACAUUAGCCAGAUUAACGAAACAACCUUACACGACAACCAAACUAAGCAAAUAAUAGAAAUAUCAACAUUACAGACAGCUAAUCAAUCGUUAGAAGACAAAUUUAGAAGGCUACAACAAACAAUCGCGGGAGCCGCAAGCACAAACGAGUUAGAGAUAGCACAACACACCUUAGCCAUACAGAAUAGAAAGAUUGUGUCCUUAGAAAACGAAUUAACGGAGCUGGGACAAGCGCUCCAGUUAGCGAGCCGAGCAGCGGAGCGAGCAGCUAAGCUGGAUACCGAAAACAAUUAUCUUAGAGGAAACAUAGAACAACUAAACAGAAACAACCAAACACUAUUAGAACAACUAGCACAACCAGCUAACACAAUUGACACAACUAACGGAGCACCUAGAAUGGCAGCCAACGAUGAUAUACGAGCAUUAGCAGUAGCCAUUACGCGUAGAGACGAAACACAGAACAUUCCUAUUAUAGUGGCAACGUGA